AUGUCAAUGCACGAGUGCGAAGCGUAUUGGCAGGAGUUCCUGCGGCGUCCCAAGGAACAGAAGGCCAUUCGAGAAGAGCAAAAAAGGCUACAGAAAGAGUCGGCGGACCGAAUGGCAGCGCUAAAAAAUGCAAAAGUCAAAGAAUUGCAAGAGGCCCUCAAUGGAUGCACAUCCGAACAACAACAACUUCUCGGCCCCAUUCUGAAAGCUCCUGGUCUUUUAGAGCUUUUGCAUGACUGUUUGCUGCGUUGCGGUCGCGACUCCAGCAUUUUCAGCAAGGAACUCAAAACGGAUCAGUCCCUACUCACGAGGAUCAUGGAGAAAGCAGAAGAAUACGAAAAAGAUCCUGAAGCCUUUACCCGCCAGGAAGAGCAAUUGAGAGCCUUGCAUGUUGAGGCCUCACGUCCUCUCGACGCAGCAGAUAUGAACUAUUUGAGAGAACGAACCUGGAAAGACCUACCACCCGCUGAGUUGGCCGAAAGAAUGUCAAAGGGCGAAAUCUGCCCGAGAGAAGAAUGGAUCCCUGGCAUAUCCAAAGGAAAACGUCCACUGAAUGCCAAGGCCCUAGAGGAGCAUCUGGCCUUUGGGGAGCGUCUGGCGCGCGAGGGCAGAGAGGCUUACGCUGAUCAGUUGUAUGAAACUGCCUUCUUACGUUUCAAGCAGGGAGUGGAGCUUUUGAACUGGGUCGAGGCAAGGGAUGCAAUCAAUCAAAGGUCUGUAGAUGACAUGUACUGCAUGUUCCUGAGAAACGUCGCGCAGGCGGCCCUGCAACUUGAAAAAUAUCAGGAAGCGAUCCGGGCCUGCACUACUAUCAUUCAAGAGCUCGAUGAACACGACUCGAAAGCGCGCUACCGCAGGGGAAAGGCGUAUCUUUUGCUGGGGAUGGCGAAAUGCGCCAAAGACGAUUUUCUCUUUAUUCUUAAGAGCCCCUAUUCUACGCAAGAAGGCGUCCACGCAGCACGAUUGGGGCUGAGGGAGCUUCGGCGUGUGGUAAGUCGAAGCGAAAUAGAUGCGAAGGAAAGCGUCUGCAAGGGACUCAGUGGGGGCCUUUUCUCGACUGGAAGAGCUAGAUCGGGGCACUUUGUGUUGGGAGACAGAUUCAGUGGGGAAACGGAAUUGAAAACAGAGGAGCGAACUCCUGAACACGAAGUGGAAGCAGGCGAUUUCAGACUUCCUCCGAGGCAAGCUGCUGCAGAGGACCCUAACUCGUAUACGACCAGCAGCGAGGGAGACGCUAGUCGCCUCUCCUCGAAAGCCUGCGACGGCCUCAAGUGUCUCCACAGCUACCCUGACAAGAUGGGGAAAGAAGAUGACUCUAAGCCUCCGCCCUUAGAUCUCGAGGAGACGAGAAACAUCCUCAUAGAUCUUCUUGAUGCGUAUACAUCUGCCUCUGCUGUCUCCCGCCUGAACGAGCUGCGUAGCCUAGCGGACUACGACUACAGGAGAGUUCUCAUUAGGGCAAGGAAGUUUCUUCCUGAGUUGCAGGCCCCAGUGCUACAGCGACACGGAAUCAAGGGGCAAAGCCACCGUAGCAAAAUGCAGCAGGUUGAAAGGAGCGCAAGCUACUGGCGACAUAGAGAUACGGAGAUCGCCGAGCUUACCAGAGAGUGCCUAGAGGCCAUAUUCGGGGAUGUUGCCGAUAUAGACGGGUAA